AUGUUCAAAAAUGCCCUCGAGAAGUUUACAAAAUGUACCAAUAUCCCUCCCAUCGCCACUUCCAACAACCAAAGAGGCUCGACCAAUGCACAUAGAUAUGAAUGGAAAGCGCAGAUCACCACUGCGGUUCAGCACCUACAUGGCCGCACCAUCAUGAUUGGAGGUCGCUUAGAUCUGGGAAGCCCAUGGUAUUACAUCAAUGAAUACACCAUCCACCCUGACAGGCUAGCUGAGAGUGAAAAACCCCCCAAACCCGAGGAAUCGCAAGCGACAACUUUCAAAGCUGACAACACCUGGUUAAUGCUGGAAGGGUACUGUACAUUAUAUCUGACAGAGAAUCAGCAGGGGACUCAAGGUAUAGAGGUCUUUGAGAAACAAAAAGCCAAAGACUGGGCCGCCGUCGAGAAACUAUUCCAACACGGAGAAGCAGUUUUCGGCUGA